UCAUUUUAAACCAUGUGUGCGGCUAAAAAGCAUAAAAACUAACCUUCAAUGUAGCGUUAUAAAUGUUUUGCCAAGCAGCAUCAUGUUAGCAUCCCGCAUAAUAGAACAAAAUUUCAUUGAUGAUUUUCGAGAGUUUUGUGAUUUUAUCAAUACUAUAAAGGUCGACUUGGAAAAGACAGCAACGUUUGAGUUUGAUCAAAAUUUGUAUGCAAAACAUUUAUCAACGACUGAACUAAUUAAUGAAAAUAUUGCGAAUAUCGACAUUCUACUGAAGGUAGAAGACACGGUUAAAGAAUGGAUGAAAUUAAUGGAAAAAAAAUUAGUGGAAAGUCAGCAAUUACGAAGGGAAACGGAAAUAAUAGGACCGUCAGCCGAGUUGGACUAUUGGAGAAAAAUCCUCACACAAUUUGCUUCUUUGGAGGAACAAAUAAAAUUACCACAUAUCCAAGCGCAUUUACAAUAUCUGAUUACUGCAAAGUCAAAAUUAGCGAAAAAAUGGCAAAGUUUAGAAGACCACGUGAUGGCCGUGCAGAUAUUGUCCCAAGACAAUGUAAAGUACUUGUAUCUACUAGAAAAGUUCACCUACUCUCUCUACCGACUUGACCCAACGAAAAUCGGCGAAUACUUGCCAUCGCUCAUGUACGCGUUGCAAAUGAUUUUUACGACGUCUAGGUUCUUUAAUAAUAAAGGAAUGGUUACAGCUGUGUUUGUCAAGAUUACGAACCAACUGAUUCUGACCUGCAAGUCGUACUUGACGAAUAAUCACACGAUAUCUAUAUGGGACGUGCCAAAGUCUGAAAUGGUGUUAAAAAUGAAGAAUUGUAUAAGGCUGAAUGAACUGUACUAUAUGUAUUAUAACGAGAUAAGACAAAAAAUCAAGGAGUCUUCCGACGAAAGGACUAUAGAAGUUUCCGAAGUUCACGUCUUCGGAAAAUUCAAUACAUUUAAAACGCGGCUAGUAAAGCUCAUAGACAUUUUGGAAACGACAACAACUUAUUCAAUUUUACAAAGUUCGACCAUCGAAGGUAUCGAUGCGUUUGCCAACAAGUUCACGUCUUUCUACGAAAAAAUCAGUUCCCAAAAAUACGACCCUCUGGAUUUCCGGAAAACCGAUUUCGAUCCUAAUUAUGCCGAAUUUAAGAAAAACGUGAUCGAAACAGAGUUAGAUCUGCGAAAAUUCUUCUUUGCGUCCGUGUCUAAUUUACAGCAAAUUCAGCAGACUUUAACCAUGAUAAGCAGGUUUCAGAAACUUAAUUUUAAGCAACUGUGGAUAGAUAGAAAAUACUUAGAGCUAUCGAAAAUGCUCGAAGAGGAGAUAGAAAGAGUGAGAGACACGUAUAAUGAAGAUCGAUCAGAUCCACCUGUUCCCAGAAAUAUCCCGAUGAUAUCCGGUAGAAUACUGUGGAUAAGACAGCUUAUGAAACGCAUCGACAUACCUAUGGACGUGUACAAAAGUAGGCCUAGAGUUAUCGCCCAUGAAAGGAUGCAAAAAAGCAUAAAGAUGUACAACGCUUUGAUGGCAGUUUUCAUUCAUUACGAAUGGCUGCAUCACAAAGCGUGGCAAGAAUCUACUGAAAUAGUACGACUAGCUCUGACAGCUCCGAUACUCUUGAGGAAUCCAAACACCAACAAAUACGUCGUAAAUUUUGAUCCUUACAUCAUAGAAGUGAUCAGGGAAUCAGAGUACAUGUUGAAGUUUGGUUUGGAUGUACCAGACUUCAUAAAAAUGAUAUACUUCUGUAAAAGUAAAUUACUUUGCCACGUCGAGGAAUUGAAGUUUUUAGUCGAAGAAAAUAACAGUCUGAGGCGAUCGAUACCACCGCUCUUUUUAAAACUCAUGAAGCCUUGUCUGAUAGAGCUCGAAGCUGCGUUUCAGCCUUGUCUUUCAGUCACAACAUGGACUUCUCUGCAAGUGGACGACGUUUUCGCAAACAUACGAUCGACGUUCAGGCGAAUUCAAAUUUUCCUAAAGAAAGUCAUAGACAUGAAGGAAGCGAGAAUCGACGAACUCUUCGAGUCCAUUGCGAAUACCAAACUCAUCAAAUUCUGCGAUCAUCCUCAAUACCCCGAGGAAUUCUCGCACGACAUCUCGGAAUUCACCGCCAAAAUAGGCCGCGAGCUUGGCAUAAAGUCUUCGACAGCUGAGCAAGCGGUAGUGGGUAUCAUAGAUAAAUUCGUUGAUUUGAUUCAUGAUCCGAGAGUAGACGAUUCGAAAUACGAUUGGAUGGACCCGUCGAAAGUUACCAAACCAGUUACUUCUUUGACGAAGUUGACCGAUGGAGCAUUCGAACUUGGAUUUGGGCAUAUAGAAAAAUCAACGAAAGUUAAUGUGAAGCAUUUGCACAGUGGUUGCAUGGAAUUGUUUGCUUAUUUUAAUCAAAAACUGAUGGAUGCCUUGGUCAAAUGCACUAGGAGAACGUUAGAAAUGUUAAAAAAGAUGGUCGGCUCUUCCACCAUAUUGUUCAAAAUAGUUUCAACGUCUGAAGAAAACCUUCUGAUGCAAACUGAUUUUGUUCUUCAAAUCCCGAAUAUAGUAAUUAGUCCGAACAUCGACGAAUUGCAAAGCCACUUUAACAUUGCUAUGAAUAGUUUAUUCGAGGCACAUAAAUCAAUAACUAUAUGGGGUCAACAGUACAACAAAAAAUCGGAAGCAGUCGCAGAAUCGGGCAUGCCACUGAAAAAUUAUUACGAGUAUAUUACCGACCACAAGGAAGUCAUACGAGGUACUCUAAGCUUGCAAGGAGCUAUGCUUGUAUUAAAAGACGAUAUUGCACGAAUAGGAAACACGUACCUACGAUAUUCUUAUUUAUGGGCAGAAAAUAAAAACGAACAAAUUGAACAAUUCGUUAGUUUUGAACCUUACGUGUAUGAAAUAAAAGAAAAAUUCAUCGAGUACGACGAGCUGGUCAUUGAAAUCAACGAUCUUCCAGACCAUCACGUUAUAGGCUGUCUUCGUAUCAAUAUGGAAAAAUUGAAAUUAGCGCUCGUAGUAGAGGCUAAGUCGUGGAAAACGAUACUAGGUUUAGUAUUAUCCAACACCUAUAAAGGAAAACUAAAUCGCAUAUCAGAAUACAUAGUCAAUAAAAAUAAAAUCUUGAUGCGAACAAUCAAAGACUUAGAGGAUGUUCGUUUGGCUAUGAAGUGUCUGGCUGAAAUUCGCGAAGAUUUCAUACCUAUGGACAAAGAGUUGAUUACUAUUGAGGAAAUUUAUACUCUCAUGGCCAAAUUUCAAAUAAAAGUUUCGAAAGAAGAGCAAGAUAUCGUCGACAGUUUUCGUUAUAAUUUUACAAAUAUGCUGAAAACAGCUAAAGAAGUCCAAGCUAAUAUUUGCGAAAUCCAAGAGCCGUUGAAAGACGAGCUCAUCGGAGGAGUUACGGCUCUUAAAAACGAAGUGGAGAAAUUCGAUAAAGAUUUUGAUAUAAAAGGACCUAUGAUAGAAGGGAUUCCUGCUAAAGAAGCCAGUGAAAGAGUACUACUGUUUCAAGCCUGGUCCGACGAUCUGUGGGAUAGAUACGAGACUUACAGUAGCGGCGAAAGUCUUUUUGGUAUCGAAAUCACCGAGUAUCCGGCUUUACAACAACGAAAGCGUGAACUAAACCUAUUACAAAAGCUCUACUCACUGUACUUGCAAGUGAUGCGUUCUGUGGAUGGUUACUACGAGAUCCCCUGGUCAGAAAUCGAUACAGAUGCGAUAAUUGCAGAGCUUACCGACUUCCAGAAUAAAUGCCGGAGAUUGCCCAGGGGAUUAAGAGAAUGGCCAGCUUACAUCGAGUUGAAAAAGAAAAUUGAUGAUUUCAAUGAAACUUGCCCGCUGUUGGAGUUAAUGGCCAAUAAAGCGAUGAAAGAUAGACACUGGGAAAGGAUGAGCCAACUGUGCAAUUAUACGUUCGAUGUUGAAUCCGAAAAUUUUACUUUGGCUAGUGUCAUGGAAGCUCCGUUAUUAAAACAUAAGGAUGACGUUGAGGACAUUUGUAUAAGUGCGAUCAAAGAGAAGGACAUUGAAAGCAAAUUCAAACAAGUUAUCGCCGACUGGUCUAUUGUCAAUCUACAAUUCGCUAAUUUCAAACAAAGGGGUGAACUGAUACUGAGAGGAAUGGAAACGCAAGAGAUUAUUUCGCAAUUAGAAGAUAGUCUGAUGAUUAUAAGCUCGUUAUUAGCUAAUAGGUACAACGCUCCAUUUAAAAAAGAUAUCCAAAUUUGGCAAAACAAAUUAAAUAAUACUUCCGAAAUACUCGCUAAAUGGCUGAACGUACAAAAUCUCUGGGCAUACCUUGAGGCAGUAUUUAUUGGCGGUGACAUCUCAAAGCAGUUACCAGCGGAAGCGAAACGAUUCAAUUCCAUCGACAAAUCGUGGAUGAAGUUGAUGUAUCGCGCUCGGGAGAAAGUGAAUGCUGUAGAAACGUGCACCGGCGAUGAAACGAUGGGCCAAUUUCUUCCACAUUUGUUAGAGCAACUGGAGGCUUGUCAGAAAUCUCUUAGCGGAUAUCUAGAAACAAAGAGGGUCAUCUUCCCCAGAUUCUGUUUUAUAUCAGAUCCAACUUUGUUAGAAAUUUUGGGACAAGCUGCUGAUUCUCACACUAUAGUGAAUUAUUUGGAUGGAUUUUUCGACAACGUUGCGAAGUUGGACUUUUCCGAGAAAGAUUACGAUAGUAUCGUGGCGAUGUACUCGCGAGAAAAAGAGAAAAUUACUCUCGAGAAGCCUGUACAUUGUACCGGAGGUGUUGAAAAUUGGCUCAAUUCUUUACUUAAGAUGCAUUGCCAAUCAGUAGGAGCUAUCAUUGCACAGGGCUUGCAAAUGCUGACAGAGCCGGAUACGGACUUGUUAACAAUCAUCGAUAAUUCUGUGCUUCAAGUUGGAUUAUUAGUGAUACAAGUUGUGUGGACGCGUCAAGCGGAAAUAGCACUAGUAAGCGCUAAAAAAGAUAGAACCAUAAUGAAAAAGACGAAUCAGUGGUUUUUGGAUCUUCUAAAUCGGCUCAUAGAAGUCACCGUCAAAGACUUAACAAGCUAUGUAAGAUUGAAGUACGAAGCUUUGAUCACCAUUCACGUUCAUCAAAGGGAUAUCUUUGACGACCUCUGCCGUUUAAGAGUAAAAAAUAUACACGACUUUGAGUGGCUGAAACAAGCUCGUUUUUAUUAUGACGACGAAAUGGAAAGCGUUCCGAUUAAAAUUACAGACGUUGAUUUUGUCUAUCAAAACGAGUUUUUAGGUUGUACUGAUCGUCUUGUAGUCACACCACUAACGGACAGGUGUUAUAUCACACUGUCUCAAGCAGUUGGAAUGAACUUUGGAGGUGCACCUGCUGGUCCAGCUGGUACCGGAAAAACAGAAACCACGAAAGACAUGGGCAAGGCACUCGGAAAAUACGUCGUCGUGUUUAAUUGUUCUGAUCAGAUGGAUUUUCGAGGACUGGGAAGAAUUUUCAAAGGCUUGGCACAAUCUGGAACGUGGGGUUGCUUUGAUGAAUUCAAUCGUAUUGAUUUGCCCGUGCUUUCCGUUGCGGCUCAGCAGAUUGCGAUAGUUUUGAAUGCGAGAAAAGAAAGAAGAGCCUCGUUUUUAUUUAGUGACGGAGAAACUUAUUCCAUUGAUUACGAGUUCGGCUUGUUCAUAACUAUGAAUCCUGGAUACGCUGGUCGACAGGAAUUACCUGAAAAUUUAAAGAUUAUGUUCCGUAGCGUAGCUAUGAUGGUGCCUGACAGACAAAUUAUUAUGCGAGUAAAGUUAGCAGCCUGUGGCUUCAAAGAAAACAUAAUUCUUUCUCGUAAAUUUUUUACACUGUACAAGCUUUGCGAAGAGCAGUUGAGUAAACAAGUUCAUUACGAUUUUGGCUUGAGGAAUAUUUUAUCCUGUCUACGAACGCUCGGCGCUCAGAAACGCGCACAUCCUGGCGAAUCUGAGGAGACGACUCUGAUGAGAGUUUUACGAGACAUGAACUUAUCCAAGUUAGUCGACGAAGAUGAGCCUCUUUUCCUUUCGCUUAUUGACGACAUGUUCCCGGGAAUCAAAUUGACAACUCAGACUUACAAAGAUUUACAAAAAGCCAUUUCGAAUGCAGCCGCUUCUCUGGGAAUCGUGAAUCAUCCCGAGUGGAAUUUGAAGACAAUACAACUGUACGAAACGUCUCUCGUUCGACACGGUUUGAUGGUUCUGGGACCAACAGGUUCUGGUAAAACACGUUGCAUAUGGACACUUAUGAAAGCGUUAACUGAGUUGGGAAAACCGCAUAAAGAAGUUAGAAUGAAUCCUAAGGCUAUAACAGCUGCGCAAAUGUUCGGCCGACUCGAUGCAGCCACGAACGACUGGACGGACGGAAUAUUUUCCACUCUGUGGAGAAGAUCAACACAAAUUAAAAAAACAGAUUGUUUAUGGAUCGUAUUGGACGGUCCUGUGGAUGCAGUCUGGAUUGAAAAUUUAAAUUCAGUAUUAGAUGACAAUAAAACCCUUACUUUAGCUAAUGGCGAUCGAAUCAUUAUGGCUCCGAAUAGCAAAUUAGUAUUUGAGCCUGAUAACGUUGAUAACGCAUCGCCAGCCACCGUUUCGCGUAUGGGAAUGGUCUAUUUUAGUGCUUCGGUGUUGAAAUGGAAACCCAUACUCGAGGGUUGGCUCAUAACCAGACCGUCGAACGAGGCACAAAUAUUAAGAGAAUUAUUUUAUAAAAUUUAUAACGACGCUAACGAAUUCGUUCAGACCAAACUUGUGCCUAAAAUGGUACUUCUAGAGUCGAUGUAUAUAAGACAGUGUCUUGAUUUAUUAGAAGGAUUAUUUUUAAGUAGUAAUAAAAAUGGUUCGUUAUCGAAUCAACACAUAGAAAAACUAUUUCUGUUUUCAUUGAUGUGGAGCUUGGGGUCGGUCCUUGAACUCGAUGGACGAACAGCAUUACAAAAGUACAUGCUUCAUCAUCCAUCGUACUGUAACUGGCCGAAAUGUCAAAAAGAUGAGACUAUUUUUGAGUUUCUCGUCUCAGACACAGGGGAGUGGCUACAUUGGAGUCACAUGGUUCCAAACUUCGAUUAUCCUACUGACAGAGUUUUAGAAUAUCACUCAAUAUUAGUUCCGAACAUAGAUAAUACCAGAACAUUGUAUCUCAUUGAUUUGAUUGCGAAGCAGGAAAAAGCUGUGCUUUUAAUUGGUGAGCAAGGAACUGGUAAAACAGUCAUGCUAAAAAGCUACAUGUCAAAACACGAUCCUGAGUAUCAUCUGAAUAAAUCGUUCAACUUUUCAUCUGCGUCUACGCCUAAUAUGGUUCAGAGAGUCUUUGAAAGCUACGUAGAGAAACGCGUGGGAAAUACGUAUGGCCCACCAAACGGAAGGAAAAUGAGCGUCUUCAUCGAUGAUAUAAAUAUGCCAGUUAUUAAUGAAUGGGGUGAUCAAGUCACUAAUGAAAUCGUUCGCCAACUCAUGGAAUACAAAGGAUUCUAUUCUCUGGACAAACCAGGGGACUUCUUGAUACUGCAAGACAUUAUGCUACUUGCUGCGAUGAUUCACCCCGGUGGUGGCAGAAACGAUAUCCCUCCAAGAUUAAAGAGGCAGUUUAAUAUUUUUAAUUGUACGCUGCCCUCUAACAAAUCGAUGGAUACCAUAUUUAAAUCCAUUGGUGAAGGCUACUUCUGUCUGGAAAGAUUUUCCGAUGUAAUAGUAGAUUUCCUUCCAAAAUUAAUCCCGCUCACUCGAUCAAUAUGGCAGCAAACGAAAAAUAAAAUUCUACCUACUCCCGCUAAAUUCCACUAUGUAUUCAAUUUGAGAGACGUUUCACGUAUUUGGGAAGGAAUAUUGAGAAUUGAAAGAGCGGAGUGUGAUUCUAUCGGAACAUUGUUGAAGCUUUGGAAACACGAAUGUACAAGAGUUAUAUCUGAUAGGUUUAUCGAUUUUGCUGAUAAGGAAUGGUUCGACAAUAUGCUAAGUCAAACUGCUGAACAGCUACUAGGACCAGAUUAUCAACACUACGAUCAAACCGAAACUUACUUUGUAAACUUCUUGCGAGAACCGCCUGAACCUACCGGAGAUGAACCAGAAGAUUUUAUAAUCGAAGCUCCGAAAAUUUAUGAAGAGAUUCCAAGUUACGAAUUCGUCAUCGCAAAAGUGAAAUCUUUUAUGGACCAGUUCAACGAAUACAUCCGAGGAAUACAUCUCGAUUUAGUAUUCUUCCACGAUGCUCUUGUGCACCUGAUUCGAAUAUCCAGAAUACUCGGUGUGCCAAGAGGAAACGCAAUGUUGGUUGGCAUCGGAGGAUCGGGAAAGCAAUCUUUAACGCGUUUAGCUUCCUUCAUAGCGGGAUUCAACUUUUUCCAAAUAGUUUUGACAAGGAGUUACAAUGUACAAAACCUAAUGGAAGACUUGCGAAGGCUGUAUCGAGAAGCUGGUACCGGAGCAAAGGGACUAACGUUUAUUUUGACGGACAACGAAAUCAAAGAUGAAGGCUUCUUGGAGUUUAUUAACAACAUCCUAAGCGUUGGAGAAGUAGCAAAUCUUUUCCCGAAAGAUGAACUCGAUGACAUUCUAUCGAACACCGUUUCACUUAUGAAAAAGGAAGAUCCUAAGAGAGCACCUACGCAGGAUAAUUUAUACGACUUUUUCAUUUCGAGAGCAAGAAAUAAUCUGCAUAUCGUGUUAUGUUUCUCGCCUGUUGGCGAAAAAUUCCGAUCGAGAUCCCUGAAGUUCCCUGGUUUGAUAUCUGGCUGCACGAUGAACUGGUUCUUCCGAUGGCCUAAGGACGCGCUGUGCGCAGUCAGCGCGCACUUUUUAGCGAAAUACGAACUCAAAUGUAGCGACGAUGUGAAAACGCAACUGAUCGAAGUCAUGGGUGACGUACAGGAUAACGUGAGCGACGCUUGUAUCGAGUACUUCAACAGGUUUCGCCGACAGUGUUACGUUACGCCCAGAUCGUUUCUUUGCUUUAUCGAGUCUUACAAGGCUGUCUAUCAGCAAAACUUGGAGGAAAUUAAUGUGCUAGCGUUCCGAAUGAGUAAUGGCUUGAAUAAGCUUGUGGAUGCAGCGGCGCAGGUCGACGAUUUACGUAAGGUUCUUGUUAAGAAUCAAGAGGAGAUCGUUGUGAAGAACGUGCAAGUUGAAGCUAUACUUGUAACUGUCAAUCAAAAAAAAGAAGAAGCUGAAACUGUCAAAACUAAAGUACAAAAGUCCAAAGACGAAGCAGAAGCAUUGCUGAAAAUAAUCUCGAAAGAAAAGGCAGUAGCAGAGAAGAAAUUGAAAGCUGCUGAACCAGCUCUGUUAGAGGCAGAAGCUGCUUUGCAAACUAUAAAAGCAGCGGAUAUAUCAACGGUUCGAAAAUUAGCGAAGCCCCCAUACUUGAUUACAUUAAUUAUGGACUGUGUGAUCAUAUUAUUCGGUAAAAGAUUAGAACCAGUGAAGCCGGAUCCCGAUAAGAAAUUUUUGCAAGCAUCAUGGAGCGAAGCCUUAAAGGUCAUGGCUGAUACUAGAUUCCUUUUCAAUUUGCAAAAUUUCCCGAAAGAUAACAUAAAUGCUGAAACUGUCGAUUUAAUGAUGCCAUACUUAAAUUACCAUUUGUACACGUACGAAGCCGCUAAAACAGCUUGUGGCAACGUUGCAGGAUUGAUACAAUGGACCAUGUCUAUGGUCACUUUUUAUGGCAUUAACAAGGACGUUCUUCCCUUGAAAGCAAAUUUAGCAAUUCAACAAGGUAAGCAUGACAAAGCCAACCGAAAUCUGGAAGCUGCGGAAAAGUUGCUGAAAGCCAAAGACGAAGAUUUGAGACAAGUCCAAAGCGAAUUCGAUGCGGUUAUGAGCGAACGACAAGCUAUAGUCGACCUAGCAAAUAUUUGUCAAGCGAAAAUGGACACUGCUAAAGCUAUGAUCGACGGAUUAUCAGGAGAACGGUUGCGUUGGACAGACCAACUCACGAUGUUCAAAUCAGAAACCGAGCGACUAGUUGGAGAUGUCUUGAUCUUAACUGGCUUUCUUUCAUAUUGCGGUCCGUUCAAUCAAGAAUUUCGCGUGUACUUGCAAAAAAUGUGGUUCGAAUACAUUCAACGCAGAAAAAUACCGAUAUCGCUAAACGUCAACAUCGUUGAUUCUUUAACUGAUACAGCUACGACUGGGGAAUGGAAUUUGCAAGGAUUACCAAAUGACGAACUUUCGAUUCAAAACGGAAUCAUCGUUACGAAAGCUUCGCGAUAUCCCUUACUCAUAGAUCCUCAGUUACAAGGAAAAGCCUGGAUACUCAACAAAGAAAAAGAGUUUAACUUACAGCCAACAUUGUUGUCACACAAGUACUUCAGAAAUCAUUUGGAAGACUGUGUGUCGAUGGGUCGACCUUUAUUCAUACAAGAUGUGGGUGAAGAAUUAGAUCCUGUAUUGGAUAAUCUGUUGGAGAAAAAUUUCAUCAAAAUCGGUUCAUCGUGGAAGGUGAAGCUUGGAGAUAAGGAAGUCGACAUCCACAACGAUUUCAGGCUUUACAUAACGACAAAACUGCCAAAUCCUUCGUAUCCUCCAGAAGUUUUCGCUCGAACCUCUGUCAUAGACUUCACCGUCACGAUGAAAGGCCUAGAGGAUCAGCUCUUGGGAAGGGUUAUUCUCAGUGAAAAGAAAGAGCUUGAGACCGAGAGAACGCACUUAAUCGCGGACGUAACAGCGAACAAAAGAAAAAUAAAAGAACUGGAAGCUAAUUUAUUGCACAAGUUGACUACCGUAGAAGGUCCUCUAAUUGAAGAUUUGGAAUUGAUGUCCGUGUUGAAUAGUACCAAGCAAACUGCUGCCGAAGUUAACGAAAAAUUGAACAUAGCAAAGGACACCGAAAUAAAAAUAAACACAGCUAGAGAAGAGUUUCGUCCCGUCGCAACACGUGGCAGUGUCUUGUACUUUUUGAUUUGUGACAUGGCACACGUCAACUGCAUGUACCAAACAUCCCUCGCUCAGUUUUUGGAACGGUUUGACAUUUCUAUGGAGAAAUCCGAGAAAAGUCCGGUGAAUCAAAAGCGGAUAAACCACAUAAUCGAAUACCUGACUUACGAAAUAUUCAGAUACAAAGCUCGCGGGCUUUACGAAAUCCAUAAGUUCAUGUUCAGCCUUCUCAUGACGUUGAAGAUCGACCUGCAACGGGGUGUUAUAACACAUGAAGAGUUUCAAUAUUUCAUCAAAGGCGGAGCAGCUCUGGAUCUCAAUGACGUUGAGCCGAAGCCCCACAAUUGCAAGUGGAUUACCGACAUCGUUUGGCUGAAUCUAGUCGCGCUUUCGUCGCUGACGAAAUUCCAGAACAUAUUGACGCAGGUCAGCGCUGCCGAGAAAUCCUGGAAAAACUGGUUUGAUAAGGAAGCUCCAGAAGAGGAAGUAAUUCCGGACGGCUAUAAUACUCUGGAUACGUUCCGCCGUUUAUUGAUCAUAAGAGCCUGGUGCAUGGACAGAGCGCUGUCGCAGUCGAAAAAGUACAUAGCCCACUCUCUCGGACAGAAGUACGCGGAGCCGGUAAUAGCAUUUUUGGACGUGCUGCACAAGGAAUCGAGGCCGAACAUGCCGAUGAUCGGUUUUCUGAGUAUGGGCUCUGAUCCUACGCCGAGUAUCGAGCAGUUGGCUAAAAAAAUGGAAAUAACCUGCAAGAGUAUCUCCAUGGGUCAAGGCCAAGAAAUUCACGCGAGGAAGUUGAUAAAUAGCGCUCGAAACAAAGGAUUUUGGGUGCUCUAUCAAAACUGCCAUUUGGGCUUGGACUACAUGGCCGAGCUUGUGAACUAUAUUUUGGAAAUGGAGUCUACGCAUCCCCACUUUCGAAUAUGGAUCACGACCGAGCCGCACAACAAUUUUCCCAUUUCCCUGUUGCAAAUGUCCCUUAAAUUCACAUGCGAGCCUCCUCAAGGAAUCAAAGCGGGGCUCUUCGCUACGUACAACAGCAUGAAUCAAGCGAUGCUCGAUCAAUGCGAUGCGCCGCAAUAUAUUCCGUUAAUUUAUACAAUUUCGUUUUUGCACACCGUUGUUCAAGAGCGGAGAAAAUUCGGCCCACUCGGCUGGAAUAUCCCGUAUGAAUUUAAUUCCGCUGAUUGGCUGGCUUCAUGCUUGUUCAUCAACAAUCAUCUGAGUGAUUAUGACGCGAAAGAAGGAAUCAGCUGGCCGACGAUUCGUUACAUGAUCGGCGAGGUUCAAUACGGAGGACGGGUUACGGAUGAUUACGAUAAGAGGCUGUUGAACACGUUUUCGAAAGUUUGGUUUUCCGAUAUUUUAUUCGACGAUAAUUUUGCGUUUUACAAGGGAUAUCCUAUAUUCAACUACAAGCAAGUCAGCGAUUACAUAAAGAAAAUUGAAGAAAUGCCGACGACCGAUCCGCCGCAAGCUUAUGGGCUUCACUCGAAUGCAGACAUUACAUACCAGAGUAAUACGACUCAACUUAUCCUUGAUACGAUUAUAUCGGUACAACCGAAAGAGUCUGGAGGCGGUAAGGGCGAGUCCAGAGAAGUUAUUGUCGCAAAACAAGCGAGAGACAUGUUGGAAAAGUUACCUCCGCCUUAUGAUCCGUUUGUAGUUCGAGAAAGGUUACGAAUCAUGGGACAUACGGCACCGAUGAACAUAUUCUUAAAGCAAGAAAUAGACCGGAUACAAAUAGUUAUAAAUCUUGUGAGGUUCACAUUGAAAAAUUUACUUCUCGCUAUCGAGGGAGUAAUCAUCAUGAGUGAACAACUGCGGGAUGCUCUCGACAACAUUUACGACGCUCGUAUUCCUGGAAUUUGGAAGGCGAAAUCUUGGGAAUCCACGACACUCGGAUUUUGGUUCACCGAACUGAUCGAACGGAACCAACAAUUUUCUCAGUGGCUCUUUCACGGAAGACCUGCUAAAUUUUGGAUGACUGGUUUCUUCAAUCCUCAAGGAUUUUUAACGGCAAUGCGACAAGAGGUGACCCGUAUGCACAAAGGCUGGGCACUUGACAAUGUAACGCUGCACAACGAAGUCACCAAAUUCACACCGGACGAAAUUAGAACUCCACCUUCUGAGGGAGUAUACGUCUACGGGCUUUAUUUGGAAGGCGCUGGAUGGGACAGGAAGAACAACAGGCUUUGUGAAUCGGCUAACAAAGUGCUUUAUGUUUCUAUGCCGGUAAUACAUAUCUAUGCUCUUUAUAACACGCCCGAGAAGAAUCCUAAAUUAUACAACUGUCCCGUUUACAAAAAGCCAGCCAGAACGUACAUGCAUUUGGUCACUCCGCUCUGGCUUCAGACUGACAAGCCGCCAGAGUUUUGGGUACUUCGGGGAGUUGCUUUACUUUGUGACAUCAAAUAAUUUUACUAUAAUUUAAAUAAACGAAUGUAUAUUAUUUUAUAAACGAUA